AUGGCCGAGCCGAUCAAGGCCGCCUUCUUCCACUGCAGCAAGAGCGACAAGAAUGGCUGUGCGAGCGACGACGUCCGGCAGUUCCUCACCCACUGCGGGCAGUUUGAAGACAUUGGCUUUGACCAAGCCGCGGGCUCGGCGUGCUGCUUUGAGACGAGCACGAGCGCCGUCCGGCAGUGCCUCUACUACAACACAGCCUUCCAGGCCACUCGGAUCAACCUCUUUUAUGACCCAGCACGGUCCAGCGCCAAGCCCACGACGCGCCUCGCCAACCACUGGAGUAGCUUUCAACACAUCACGUGGCUGGACAUUGCUGGCGUCUCGAUAGCCGAUGCGAUCACGCCCACGACGUUCAGCUACGGCGCGAUGCAGAAACUCGUCAUUGAUGCCGACCUGAGCGCAAUCGAGACGCCUCCGAUCGCGUCCCUGCACGUCCUGGACCUCCAUGGGAAUGCGCUCUCUUCGUUUCCGACGUUCCUCUUCCGCACCAACUAUGCGUCGAUCCAGCACCUCGAUGUGGGCGGCAACAAAUUUCCCGCGACGCUCGCGCUCAGUGGCGACGAGUGUUCGAGUCUUCAGAAAACCAUCGACGCGGGCCAUGUCACGGGUCACAAGCUCGCGUGCAACUGUGCUGGCGCCAAUGCCACGUGCGCGCUGGCGCCGGCAACCACGACGCCGCCGCCGACCACGGUCGCGCCGACGACAGCGACGUCACCAACCACAGCACCGGUGCAGCCGCCGCCAUCACCCACCAAUAGCACCAGUUCAACGCACCCGACCGAAAUUGGCACUGCACCACCACCACAAAGCGACCCUGCGAAUGCCAAGACGAGCGGCGAGUCGCAUUCGGACUCGGGCACCGUGAUCAUCUCGUCGAUGCUGGUCAUCGUUGUGCUCUUGGCGGCGGCGGCGCUCUUCUUGUACCGCCGGCGCAAGCGACUGCGGUCGCACCUCCCGGGUGGUCCCACGACCGUCUCGGGUACGCUCUUCUCGCCGCAGUCGGGCCAUGCGUUUACCCGCCCGCUCCUGCUCACGGGCGCGCCCCGGUCGCUCAAGCACGUCGACUCGCUCUCGUCGCACUUGAGCAGCGAGCGCGACCUCAAAGUCAUGGCGUCGAUGCGGUCGUCGCGCAUGCCGAUCACGCACCACGUGGACAAGGUCCCGAUUCUGCAGCCGGGCGAGUGCCGGAUUCUCAAGGCGAUGGGUCCGGCCGUCUUUGCCGGGCAGUACAAGGGUGAGAACGUCGUCGUGCGCCGGGUUGACGCCCGCAUUAUCUCGGAGGACGAUGUCGCCACGUUCGUCUCGGACGUCAACCAGCUCGCGCAGCUCGUGCACCCGCAGCUCGUGGCGCUCCAUGGCAUCGUGCGCCUAGGCGACUACGAGGUCGGCGCGGUGGCCGAGUUUAUGCACUGCGGGUCGCUUCCGCACAUCCUCAUGAACCAGGACGUGGACAUCGCGUGGCCCGACACGCUGCGCAUGUGUUUCCAGGUCGCUUCCGGCCUCGCGUACGUCCACAGCCAGGCCGAGUUUGCGCGCACCGAGUGCUUGACGAGCCGAAGCGUCCUCGUCAACACGCAGCUCACGUGCAAGCUCAACAUCUUCGAGUACAUGCGCCACUUCCAGCAGCACGAGACAGUCCAUCGCGUCUAUGGCGACGGCACGAUCGCAUGGGAGGCGCCCGAGGUCUUGAUGCACGACUGCCCGCGAGGUGGCACGGCCGACGUCUACUCGCUCGGCGUGGUCAUGGGCGAGAUUGUCACGCGCACGCGCCCGUUCCAGCGCUAUGUCGACGCGCUCGGCUUCGUCCGCGCCGACGUGGCGAUCCUCGACCGCGACGCCAAGAGCACCGAGUACCCGUUCAGCGACGACGUCGAGUUCGAGUCGUGUCCCAAGCCCUUCCGGUUGCUCAUGCUCUCCUGCCUCCAGCGCGACGUGCUCAAGCGGCCGCUGGCGGUCUCGGUCGCCGAGGAGCUGCGCCGCGAGCUGCUCCUCCUCUCCAAGAACUUUGGGUAA